AAGCACAAUAACUUUUUACCUCUAUUGUUCAAGUAGACACAUACAGAUUUUAACAAGUUUAUUAUGGCUGGUAAAUUCACAAAAUAGAGAAGAAGCAUCAUAUAUCGUAAAACAUGGGUAUAUGGCUUGAUCAUCUUUUCAUGUGUGCUCGUUUUGAUGGUUCUUUUUCUCCUUUCUAUAUGCUUGAUUGUUGGAUUCUUAUCAUUCGCUCCAAACCCCCUCCCUCAACCUCCACUUAUGCCACUGACCCCAUCGCCAAAAAUGAAAACGUUCUGGCAGAUCUCGGCUUCGACUUUAACGAUGAAGAAUUCGAUGAAGAGAUAAUUGAAGAGGAAGAAACAAACUCACAACAACAGCCAGUACCUACUUCUGCAGAUGACGACAGUAUGGGACAAGAAAAUGAUAUCGAUAAUACUGCCCUUGCCGCCAGAGCAGAACUAUUAGAACCAGAGGAGCAACAACAAAAACUAACAACGGCAGCAACAGCUUUGGACAAGGAAGAUGACUUUAUUGAAACAGAGGCCAUCCCGACGGACGAAUUCCCAACCAGUACAGCAACAACAUCGGCCUUUAUGGCACCUUCUGGCUUAAUCAGAAAUGGAACAGAAGAACGACCGCUAGAGGACGACAUGGACGAUGAGUUAUUGGCGGAUGAGAAUAUCACACCAGUCGAGCGUGUUUAUGCAUUUAAACGAAACGAUGCUCUAUUGAAUCGUCUUUUAUUAGCCAAGGAAAUAUCGAAUGCUUUACAAGACAUGGAAAUUUCCAAGGCCCUCACAGACGUUUUACCCAUCAUGUAUGAAUUGUCGCGUGAUACAGAUGAUACAGUAAAGGAAACUUUUGCAAGUGAACUCGAUCAGUGUUUACUCUAUUUUUACAAGAAUGCACCUCAUACAUUUGCUACUUCAGAAAAGAGUUUUGGGCCCUUGUUGAUUCGUCUGUUGUUGGAUCAAAGUUCAGGCGUUGCUUCAUUAGGGCAGCAGGCGAUAGUAUCUGUUACGACAGAAUUACAUCAGCUGGCAUCAACCACCGACGACGAACAGCAUCUGUAUCAGCAAGUGAUCGACUCAGAGAUCUUUAAAAAUGUGAUAGGAGGACUCACGGCUAUCAUUGACGGUAGAAAAAAAACUCCUCGAUUAGAGGAUGUGCAGGAAGAAGAACUAAAUCAACGGCGCAAAGAUGAAGAAGAGGACGCAAAAAUGACGGAAGCCUCAACAACGAAUAGCAAUAAAAGAGAGGACAAUUAUAAGGAUCGUUUGCCAGUCAACAGGCAGCAACACGAGCAACGCAGAAGAUCAUCUGCUACACCUGGUUUUGAGAGUUCCCUGAACAUUCAUCAUGCAUCCUCUCCGUCAGAGGAUGACCUGGAUCAAGGGGAAAUCAGUCUAGCCAAAAUUACAUGUAUUUCUUUAAUAUCAACGAUUGCGGGAACAUUUGACACUGCAAAAUGCACAGAGGAGUGUUUACCUAUUAUCGAACAAUUAGCCUCAGAUCCAUUAUUUUAUGUUAGAAAAGAGGCUGCUACAGCUAUUGGCAGUCUUUCCCAGGUUGUGGACACGAAAACAGCAGAAGAGAGGCUGCUUCCACUCUUCCGUCAUUUUUGUGAAGAUCAAAUCUGGCAUGUUCGCAGAUCUUGUAUCCUCAGCUUGCCAUCACUCUGCGGUGUUCUGUCUGAGAGGGCCAAAACAGACCUUACUGUCUAUUGCCUCGAGCUUUUCACAGAAGAUGUAUCACGCAACGUUCGUAGCGCUUUAGCCGAUAUUGUAGGUGAGCUCGUGGCUAAGUUCCUACCCGAAGACUGGGAACAGACAGGACAACCGGGAAAAUUACCUGAGCCGUUGUUACAGUACUUUUUAUCUCUGGGUUCUUCCCAUGGUACCAACGCGACUUCUUCUUUCAAUAGCGGUCAUGCCUACAGCAGCAUCAAUGGCAGCGGUACCAGCACUGGCUACAGCAGCAGUCAAAUGUUGAAACUGGAAGUCGACCGUGCUUACAUUUGCGCCUACAACUUUCCCGUGGUCGUUCUGACCGCGGGUGCCGAUUACUGGAAUAGUCAUCUGCGCGACACCUAUCUCAAUCUGACAAAGGAUUAUCAAAUCAAAGUACGUGUUACAUUUGCUCACUCCCUCCAUGAUAUUGCCCGUAUCAUCGGUCCGGAAAAUACAGAGCGCGACUUGGUGCAGAUUUUCGCUCUGUAUCUCAUGGACCUGGACGAUGUCAAACAAGGCGUGUUGGAACAUUUGGCCGAUUUUUUGGGCACGCUGACCACCGCUUCACGAAACGAAUAUAUCCCUAUUCUGGCAGAGGUGUGGGACGGUGUGUCUACCAAUUGGCAUUUGCGAAACAUUCUGGCUGGGCAGUUGAUGGAUAUUGCCAUGUUAUUUGACGCCUCUCGUGUGGUGGACCAUGUGCUACCCUUGGUUGUCCGCGCAUGUCAUGAUGAGUUUGCUGCUGUGCGCGAGACUGGCGUCAAAGUGUUCCCGGUCGUGUUGGAUGUCGUAAAGCAUGCUGUAGAAGAGGAUGGGGAGUCGCUAUCACAAGCGGAUGGCUAUGGUGAUGAUAUAACAGAAAACAAGAGAAACUAUGCCCUGGCUUUGCUGAGCCAUGUCAUGGAACGGCUGGAUGAGUUUGCUAGGUCUGAAAAUUACCGUGGAAGGCUCGUCUUUGCUCAAAUCUGUAAGGCAUUGAUAGAAGCAGGUAUAGGCGCGUCGGAUUUUGCCUCUUUCUUCCUCCCCCGUUUGGCUCCCUUGGCCCAUGAUCCGGUGGUGAAUGUACGUAUUGCCGCAUCGCGUACGAUUGGAACAAUCUAUACCAAUGAACCGUUCUGUUGUGAAUUGAGUGCUAUUGCUGCUCCCUCAAGACAAGCCAAUCAGUCAGUAGAGUCAGCGCACGCUUUAGAGCAAAUGACCUAUCGAUUUGCUUUGGACAAGGACAGAGAUGUGAGGUCUUUUGUGAUGGGUUUUGUGAACAAAGACAUACUGGAAAAACAGCGUGAGAAGGAACUAAAAGCAGCCAAUACAAUAGAAAAGCUAGUGCAGAGUAAUAAAAUACAGCUUAAAAAACCACAGUCUUCGUUACCACAGCAGCAGCAGCAGCAGCAGCAGCAGCAACUGCUGCGAUCAGAUACACAGGAAGAGGAUACACAUGGCGAACAGCAAGCUAGCAUGGACGUUCAAGAGGAAGCGACAAACGAUAGUAUCAAAACAGAGACAGAGGAUAUAGUGAUAGACAAUGACUUUGAAGAAUUCGAGAUCGAGAAGGAAGAGAAAGAAAAGGGUAUCAUGGCUGCUACAGCUGAUCAGCCUACUGAUUUAGAUGAGAAGAAUAAAAUGUGCCUAGACACUACAGUUAUAGAAGACGAAGACAACCCUAUGCAAGACAUAGUGCAGACAUCUCCGCAGCAGCAGCAGCAGCAGCAGCAGCAACCGAACGACGGAUUGACAUCCGAUACUGAGCCUAUGGAAGUAAGGAACACUACGGACAUGAAACCUUCUGCUGCCAUCAAAGUUGCUACAAGCAAGCCUACCACUACCCUUACGUCCCCCAAUUUCACUACAGCAGAUACCGAUGAUACCUUAACAACAGUUGCAGCAACAAGCAACGUUGAGAAUAAUAGCUCCUCUUCUUCAACUGAAGAUGAAGACGAAAUUAUGUCAGAUGCUGAGCCUACCUUGACAGACAUCACCGAGGGUACCUCUACGUCAGCGGCGAAAAUUGUAGAGACAGCACUUAAGGACAAAGAAGAAGAAAAGGAUCAAGCGUAAAGAGACCCAUGGUCCAUUGAAAAAUGUGAGGCGGUAGAACACUAUUCCUUUUUUUUUUUUUUUCCUAUUUAUGUAUAUGCUGAAACGAUGAAA